AUGGAGGCUAGACCGGAGCGCAAGCAGUUGGAUUCGCGCAUCAAGGCCCUCAUUAGCAAUGGCAUGCAAGAGACGAAGAGAAGUUUCUUCGUCGUGGUGGGCGAUCGCUCCAAGGACACGAUUGUCUAUUUGCACCAUAUCAUGACGAAUGCCAAUAUGAAGCACAACAAGUCUGUGCUGUGGGCUUACAAGAACAAGCUUCUUGGGUUCACUAGUCACCGGAAGAAGCGCGAGCAGAAAAUAAAAAAGGAAAUCAAGCGAGGCAUCAGAGAAGUCAACGACAGCGACCCAUUCGAACUCUUCGUUUCGCUCCACAACAUCAGAUACACCUACUAUAAGGAGACGGACAAGAUCCUCGGGCAAACUUUUGGCAUGUGUAUCCUGCAGGACUUUGAGGCUUUGACGCCAAAUAUCCUGGCCAAGACGAUUGAGACGGUCGAGGGAGGCGGUCUGGUGAUCAUGCUGCUCAAGGGGAUGAACAGUCUGCGACAGCUGUACAACUUGUCCAUGGAUGUCCACUCCAGAUACCGCACAGAGGCCCACGAUGACGUCGUUGCUCGCUUCAACGAGCGUUUUCUGCUCUCGCUCGGGCGUUGCGACGCUUGUUUGGUGAUAGACGAUGAAAUGAACGUUUUGCCCAUUUCCGGCGGCAAGGAUGUUACCGCCCUGCCUCCUCCUGACUUGGACGCCGCCAAGACUGAGCAGCAGGUUGAGCUGGAAAAGAUCAAGGACGAGAAUGAGGAGAAGCAGCCCGUGGGAAGCCUGAUAAAGCUUGCCAGGACCGUCGACCAGGCCAAUGCGUUGCUGACCUUUACAGAGGCCAUUGCCGAGACGACGCUGCGGAGCACCGUCACCCUGACUGCGGCGAGAGGUCGUGGAAAGUCGGCGGCAAUGGGUGUUGCUGUGGCCGCUGCUGUUGCCCACGGCUACAGCAACAUUUUCAUCACGUCGCCUUCGCCGGAGAACUUGAAGACCUUGUUCGAGUUUGUCUUCAAGGGCUUCGACGCUUUGGGCUACGCAGACCAUGCAGACUACUCGAUCAUCCAGUCCACAAACCCUGAUUUCAACAAGGCCAUUGUUCGAGUCAAUAUCCACAGGCAGCACAGACAGACUAUUCAGUACAUUCGGCCCCAGGAUGCUCACGUUCUCGGACAGGCUGAGUUGGUGGUUAUUGACGAGGCGGCUGCCAUCCCCUUGCCUCUGGUGAAGAAACUGAUGGGACCUUAUCUGGUCUUUAUGGCAUCUACCAUCAAUGGCUACGAAGGCACCGGUCGGUCUUUGUCACUGAAGCUAAUCAAGCAACUUAGAGAGCAGUCUCGGCCUGCAGCUGCGACCAACGGGGACACUGAGCUUGCCGACCGGUCCACUGGCAGGUCUUCCAAGACUGAAGACUUCCAGGCUGCCAGAAAGCUUCGUGAGAUUACCCUUGCUGAGCCCAUCAGAUAUGCCAAGGGCGAUUCUGUGGAAAAAUGGUUGAAUAAGUUGCUCUGCCUAGACGCCACGCUGCCCAAGUCGAAAUCCAACUUCCAAGGCUACCCUGAUCCCGAUCAGUGCGAACUUCUGGUCGUCAACAGAGACACUCUCUUCUCCUUUCACCCUGUCUCUGAGGCGUUUCUGCAACAAAUGGUUGCCCUCUACGUUGCCAGCCACUACAAGAACUCGCCCGAUGACUUGCAACUGAUGAGCGACGCUCCAGCACACGAGCUUUUUGUCUUGGUUCCUCCGAAUGUUGAGUCUACGGGAAAGUUACCCGAGCCGUUGUGUGCGAUUCAGGUAGCAUUAGAAGGCAAGAUUAGCAGACAGAGUGUGCUGAACAGCCUGAGCCGAGGCCAACGGCCUCAUGGUGAUUUGAUUCCCUGGCUUGUCAGCCAACAGUUCCAGGAUGAGGACUUUGCUUCUCUUUCUGGAGCUCGCGUCGUCCGCAUUGCGACGAACCCCGAGUGCCUCUCCAAGGGCUACGGCACGAAGGCCCUGGAGCUCCUUGUGGACUACUACGAGGGACGUUUUGCCAGCAUCUCGGAGGAGGAUGACCAAAUCCCGAAGGAGAAGGUUCACAGAGCUAGCGACGCAGAAUUGGCCAAGAGCUCUCUGCAAUCCGAAGUUAUUGCUGUCCGGGAUCAGUCUCAAAUGCCCCCCCUGUUCGCCAAGCUGCGUGAGAAGCGGCCUGAAGCCCUGGACUACAUCGGUGUCAGCUAUGGCUUGACAACGUCGCUCCACAGAUUCUGGAAGCGGUCUCUGUUUUCCCCCGUCUAUCUGCGACAGACUGCCAACGACCUGACCGGCGAGCACACCUGCGUGAUGCUGCGACCUCUUGAGAACAGCGCUGACCGAAGCUGGGUCGGAGCCUUCUCGAGGGAUUUUCACAAGAGAUUCCUAUCGCUGCUCUCAUACCACUUCCGCACCUUUGAGAUCAAGGUUGCGCUCAGCUUGAACGAGUCGGCCAACAUGGGAGCCAAGCUGGACUCUGUCGAGGCCGAGCCCCUUGACAAGGCUGAGCUGGAUAGACACUUUUCGCCUUUCGACCUGAAGCGUCUCGAGUCGUACGCAAACAACAUGCUUGACUACCACGUGAUCCUGGACAUGAUGCCGACGAUUGCCACACUGUACUUUACCGGGAGGCUGAGAGGGAGUUUGAGUCUGUCGGGCGUGCAGCAGUGCAUUUUGCUAGGCAUCGGUCUGCAGCGCAAGGACACCGACACACUGGCGCAGGAGCUGAACAUGGCCUCUUCACAGCUCUUGGCCAUGUUUAUCAAGAUCCUGCGCAAGGUGACGUCCCACUUCGGCACCUUGGUCUCGGACUCGGUCGAGGCCGAGCUGCCCAAGGCCUCCGGCCUGGGAGUGAGCAGAGAAAAUGCCAGCGCGGCCCACGACGAUGAGGUUGUUGACGACGGCUUCGUGCCUCUGGCGACGUCGCUCGAUGACGAGCUGGAAGAAGGCGGCGACGAGGCGCUCCGGGCUUUGAGGGAAAAGCAGAGACAGCUCAUCGACUCUUUGCCUCUCGACCAGUACGCAAUCGAGGGUGAUGCUCCCGCAUGGGCAGAGGCGGAAAAGCAAGUGCGCAACGCGACCAAGGACGGCAAGGCCAAUCCCGUGGUGAGUGUCAAGUCGAAGCAGAAGCGCAAGGCAGGCCAGGCGGCGGCCGAGGUGUACGAGGAGGCCAUGGAAGAAAAGGCGAGCAAAAAGGCAAGGAAGGGCAAGCGGUCCCACGGGAACAACAAGGGGGGGCUGGGAGGUUGA